AUGGCGCUCCCGCUACCAAGCGACUUUUUCACGUGCCCGCCGCUUUCACCGGGCGAUCACGGAACCCUCUUGGCGCAGGCCGAGCGUCUCUGCCACGACACGGUGCUCAACGCCAUCACCAUGGCGCGGGCGCCGCCGACCAAGGUCCUUGUCAACGAGUUUACGAAGCGCCGCGCGCAGUUGCACGCGGGCACGGACAUUUAUACACCCGAGCACUAUGGCAUCACGGGGUCGUCGCAGAUCAAGGCGUCGUACGACGAGCUGUUUGAUUUUUUUCAUUUGAAUUCGGACGAGAAACUGCGCAAUUACAGCAAGGUCAUUGGUCAAGCUGUCGUCGACCGCCAGACGCUGUAUACCUUGUCGGCGCCCGGCUCGACGAGUCCCAUGCAUGCCAGCGUCCAAUGGAGUGUGAUUGCGUGUCCGUUCAUCUCGUCGGCGAUCACACUCAAGCGCGACUCGUGCUUCCUCGAGGUCCUCGACACGAUUACCUUUGACGACAAGGCGACAGGUCGAAGUCGCCGCGGCUUUGUGCGCGCGAUCCACUCGAUCGCGUUGGACUGCUGCCCGUCGCUGCGCCAGUCGCACAGCAUCGUGCGGUCCAGCUUUGUCCGGUCGGGGCACGUCUUCCUCGAGACCAAUGUCCCUGGGCUCUUUGAUCACUACUUUGCUUACGUCAUUGGCGACCCGGGCGCGACCCCCAAAUUCUUCAACCUCAAAGUCUGCGAGCGCAUGGUGGGCCAGAUGCUCAACCUCGAGCCGCAUUUGGCGCUGAAGCGACUCCCGGCCCUUUUAUUGGGCGGCGGUACCCAGCGACCAUCGUACCGGUCCACCGCGCGCAUCGCAUACUGCGAGUCAUGUGACACGAAGUUUCAGUUUCUUCGAAGCAAGCACCACUGCUAUCACUGCCGCCAGAUUGUGUGUCGCCGCUGCAUUCAGGCCUACAAGGUCCCCGUGCCCGAGAGCGAGAACGCGCCGGUCGUUCGGUUGUGCACCUAUUGCUUUUGCGGCAACACGCCCCAGCGCUCAAUGCGAGGUAACAACUUGGGGGCGCGCCCCGCCCACCAUGUUUGCAACGGCCCCCGCCACGACAGCGUCGACGACGACGCGCGCUGGACCAAUAACCGGCCGCUGCUCGAGCCUGACGGGUCGUCGUCCGAAGCCUCGUAUGUCACCGUGUCGUACAGCGCAGCGACGCCUCGGUUUCUCUUGGAUCUCGGCGAUAGUUUGAUUACGAGUAGUAGCGUUGGCACCGUACAGCUCUACCACCAAUGUCGGAAAUAGCAUAAAAUAGAAAAAACAAUUUGUCGAAUCC